GGGCGAUGGGGCAGGCGCUGUGCCUCUGCUCCCGCGGCACCGUCAGCCUGGGGGGCGUGCGGUACCUCCUGCUGCACCGCCUGGCAGAGGGGGGCUUCAGCUACGUGGACCUGGUGGAGGGGCUGAGGGAUGGGCGCUUCUAUGCCCUGAAACGCAUCCUGUGCCAUGACAAGGAGGACCGCCAGGCUGCCCUGCAUGAGGUGGAGAUGCACGGUCUCUUUGACCACCCAAACAUCCUACGCCUGGUGGCCCACUGCAUGGUGGAGAAGGGCACCAAACAUGAAGCCUGGCUUCUCCUGCCCUAUGUGAAGGGGGGGACCCUCUGGAGUGAGGUGCAAGCACUGCGAGAGAAAGGGACCUUCAUGUCAGAGCAGCGGAUCCUUCUCAUCCUCCAUGGCAUCUGCCGUGGGUUGCAGGCUAUACACAGCAAGGGCUACGCACACAGGGAUCUCAAGCCCACCAAUGUACUGCUGGAUGAGGAUGACCGGCCCAUGCUGAUGGUUGGCUCCAUGAACAAAGCUCACAUAGAAGUUAACAGCUCUCGGAAGGCCAUGGCCGUGCAGGACUGGGCUGCCCAGCGCUGCACAAUCUCCUACCGUGCCCCAGAGCUCUUCACGGUGCCGAGCCAGUGUGUCAUAGACGAGCGCACAGACAUCUGGUCCUUAGGCUGUGUGCUCUACUGCAUGAUGUUUGGGGAAGGUCCCUACGAUGCCAUCUUCCAGAAGGGUGACAGCGUGGCUCUGGCAGUGCAGAACCCCAUUGUGGUGCCUCCCACAGCCAGGUACUCGGCUGCCCCAGAGCUGCUCUCCUCCAUGAUGACACUGAACCCCCAGGAGCGACCCAGCAUAGAUGACAUCCUCCACCAGCUGGGGCUGCAGCCGACACCAGCAGGCCAGGACACCACACAGAUCUGAGCCCAUCCCACCCUGCAGAAGUGAUGGGCCCCCAAAGCUGAGCCAGAGGAAAAGCAGCCAACCUCAUCCCUGCUGCCCCACGGAGCCCUUG